UUUCUUUGUCUUACCCGAGACAUACUGCUUCGCAAUGCCUGAUCCAGCCAAAUCCGCUCCGGCGCCCAAGAAGGGCUCAAAAAAAGCCGUGACCAAGGCUCAGAAGAAAGAUGGCAAGAAACGCAAGAGGAGCCGCAAGGAGAGCUACUCCAUCUACGUGUACAAGGUGCUGAAACAGGUUCACCCCGACACGGGCAUCUCGUCCAAGGCCAUGGGUAUCAUGAACUCGUUCGUCAACGACAUCUUCGAGCGCAUCGCCGGCGAGGCUUCCCGCCUGGCUCACUACAACAAGCGCUCCACCAUCACUUCCCGGGAGAUCCAGACGGCCGUGCGCCUGCUGCUGCCCGGGGAGCUGGCCAAGCACGCCGUGUCCGAGGGCACCAAGGCCGUCACCAAGUACACCAGCUCCAAGUAAAUCGA